AAAAUUAAAAAACUCCAAGCCAGACACAAAAAGGCUUUGGACAACACGACCAGCCCGACCCAGAACAGAGAGACUGACAGGCGGUUGAGGGAGAAGAAAACUUUGGGGGCGACAAGUCAAACGCAACUAUCAUAAGAGAUUUUUAGAGAGAGAAAGUGAGAGUGCUGUAGAGAGAGAACAUUGAAGAGAGAAAAUGAUCUCUGACGGAGUCGACGGCGAAGAUAAAUAUCUGACGGCGGGCAUCGCCGGCCUUCAACAGAACGCCUUUUACAUGCAUCGCGCUCUGGAUUCGAACAAUCUCAAGGAUGCUCUCAAAUACUCUGCUCAGAUGCUCUCUGAGCUUCGUACUUCGAGGCUUUCCCCUCACAAAUACUACGAACUAUACAUGCGAGCCUUUGAUGAAUUGAGAAAGCUGGAGAUGUUCUUCAAGGAGGAGACUCGGCGUGGUUGUGCCAUCAUCGAUCUGUACGAGCUCGUGCAGCACGCCGGCAACAUAUUACCGAGACUGUAUCUCCUUUGUACAGUAGGAUCUGUGUACAUCAAAUCUAAGGAGGCUCCUGCCAAGGAUGUUCUUAAGGAUCUUGUGGAAAUGUGCCGUGGUAUACAACAUCCUGUACGUGGGCUCUUCCUAAGGAGUUAUCUUUCUCAAGUCAGUAGAGAUAAAUUACCUGAUAUUGGUUCUGAGUAUGAAGGGGAUGCGGACACUGUAGCGGAUGCUGUCGAGUUUGUGCUCCAAAACUUCACAGAAAUGAACAAACUUUGGGUGCGGAUGCAACAUCAGGGACCUGCUAGGGAAAAGGAGAAACGGGAAAAAGAAAGGAGCGAGCUUCGUGAUCUUGUUGGGAAGAACCUGCAUGUGCUCAGUCAGAUUGAAGGUGUCGACCUUGAUAUGUACAGGGAUACUGUGCUUCCCCGAGUCUUGGAACAGGUUGUCAAUUGUAAAGAUGAGCUUGCCCAAUAUUAUUUGAUGGAUUGCAUAAUUCAAGUUUUUCCUGAUGAGUACCACUUGCAAACUCUUGAGGUAUUGUUGGGUGCUUGCCCCCAGCUGCAGCCAGCCGUUGACAUCAAGACAAUUCUAUCUCGGUUAAUGGAAAGGCUCUCAAAUUAUGCUGCUUCAAGUACAGAAGUUUUACCUGAAUUCUUGCAAGUAGAAGCUUUUGCAAAACUGAACAGUGCCAUAGGGAAGGUGAUUGAAGCACAGGUUGAAAUGCCAACUGCUGGAGCUGUAACUUUAUAUUCAUCUCUUCUUACAUUUACCAUUCAUGUUCACCCAGAUCGGCUUGAUUACGUGGAUCAAAUAUUGGGAGCCUGUGUAAAGAAACUCUCUGGCAAAGGAAAGCUUGAUGACAGCCAAGCAACAAAACAGAUUGUUGCACUUCUAAGUGGUCCAUUGGAGAAAUAUAAUGAUAUUGAGACUGCCUUGAAGCUUUCUAAUUAUCCCCGUGUCAUGGAAUUCCUGGAUGAUGAAACAAAUAAAGUCAUGGCUGGCGUUAUAGUUCGAAGUAUCAUGAAAAGCAAGACUUGUAUUUCUACUGCUGACAAGGUUGAGGCAUUGUUUGAACUAAUCAAAGGUCUUAUCAAAGAUUUGGAUGGGAAUCUUCACGACGAGCUUGAUGAGGAGGAUUUCAAUGAAGAGCAGAAUUCUGUUGCGCGCCUUAUUCAGAUGCUAUAUAAUAAUAAUCCUGAAGAGAUGCUAAAGAUCAUAUGUACUGUGAGGAAGCAUAUUCUGAAUGGAGGACCGAAACGGCUUCCCUUUACUAUUCCUCCACUUAUUUUUAAAGCACUUAAGUUGGUUAGGCAAUUGCAAGGCGAGGUCCGCGAGGAUGAGAAUGUUUUUGCAGAUGAGGCGGCAUCAGCUACACCAAAGAAAAUUUUUCAGCUUUUGAAUCAGACAAUUGAGGUUUUGUCAAUGGUUCCAGUACCUGAACUGGCACUGCGGUUAUACUUGCAAUGCGCUGAGGCUGCGAAUGAAUGUGAUUUAGAGCCUGUUGCCUACGAAUUUUUCACCCAAGCAUAUAUACUAUAUGAAGAAGAAAUUCCGGACUCCAGAGCACAGGUGACUGCAAUGCACCUGAUUAUAGGGACUCUUCAGAGGAUGCAUGUAUUUGGUGUUGAGAAUAGGGAUACCUUAACACACAAGGCCACAGGGUACUCUGCUAAGCUUUUGAAGAAGCCUGAUCAGUGUAGAGCUGUUUAUGCAUGUUCACACCUCUUCUGGGUUGAUGAUCAGGAUAGCAUCAAGGAUGGAGAGAGGGUCUUGCUUUGUUUAAAGCGCGCAUUAAGAAUUGCAAAUGCUGCUCAACAAAUGUCCAAUGCAGCACGGGGCAGCAGCGGAUCAGUCAUACUCUUUGUUGAAAUAUUGAACAAGUAUCUCUAUUUCUAUGAGAAGGGGAACCCGCAGAUCACCGUUAGUGCAAUCCAGGACCUGAUUGAAUUAAUCACGACUGAGAUGCAAAGUGAGAAUAUGACACCAGAUCCAGAUGCAGAUGCUUUCUUGGCUAGUACACUGCGGUACAUGCAGUUCCAGAAGCAGAAAGGUGGUGCGGUAGGUGAGAAAUACGAGGCCAUUAAGUCAUCAGGUGGAUGAGUCGUUUCUGAAGAAGCGAAUUCAUUACGUGACAGCAGCGGAUAACUUUUGUGAAAAUGGAGAUUUGUAAAUGACCUUUUGGUUUCGGACUUCUUACGCACCAACAGAACGAGGUGGCUGCUAUGUUUCUGGUGGAAGAGAGGCAUAUGUGCUUUAGUUCAAUGCAAUAUUGACGUUAGGAUAGUGUUACAUCUGUGAAUGUUUCUUUUACACAUGCUUACAGGUUCCAUAGUCAGUUCUGCUUUUAAAA